GUCCAUUUUUGUUCGUUUCCCCUCGCUUCUCGCUCUCGGAAGGGCUGUUCACAAUUUUCUCACGCGUCGAUUUCCAUCCUUGUUGGUAAUUUCCUACCUGUAAACUCUGUCCUAUUUCCAAGUAUCUGAGCUAAUUUACAACCCUUAACUCUCCUCAUUUUGUUCGAAAUUUUCGGUGAAAGUGCUCUUCGUCCUCCGUCACUCCAGUCUCAUGGCAGCAUAAGAACGCCUUCUGUCAACGUCGCAGUUUGUUUACAGCGUGUGAGGAAGGAAUCUAUCCAAAUUCCUGUCGUUAAACCGCCAGACCAUUCUCCGUCUCCCGAGGAAAUAAGAAGUCUCGCACCAAAGUAAAAUGUCAUCCCGCAACGACUCGAGGUCCGAACGAAACGAGUGCAGGGUUUACGUCGGUAACCUCCCACCAGACAUUCGCACCAAGGAUAUCCAGGAUCUGUUUUACAAGUUUGGAACCGUCACGUAUGUUGAUUUGAAGAACAGAAGAGGACCGCCCUUCGCCUUUGUCGAAUUUGAGGACCCUCGUGAUGCGGAUGAUGCUGUGCAUGCUCGAGAUGGAUAUGACUAUGAUGGUUACAGACUACGAGUUGAGUUCCCGCGAGGGGGAGGUCCCAACUUCCGAGGAGGCAGAGGAGGUGACCGUGGAGCUAGUUCCAGUGGCCGAGGCGGACGAGGCCCACCAGCCAGACGCUCUCAGUACAGAGUUCUUGUUACAGGACUGCCUCCGUCUGGAAGUUGGCAGGACUUGAAGGACCACAUGCGAGAAGCCGGUGAUGUAUGCUUUGCUGACGUCUACAAAGAUGGAACAGGUGUUGUUGAGUUUUUGCGACAUGACGACAUGAAGUAUGCGUUCAAAAAAUUGGAUGAUUCUAGAUUUAGAUCUCAUGAAGGUGAAGUUUCUUAUAUCCGUGUGAAAGAAGAUUACUCUGGUGAUGACAAAGAUAGUGAUGAUCGUUACAGCGGCAGAUCACGAUCACGUAGCUACUCACCACCAUCUCGUUACCGCAGUUCACCAACAUAUUCCCCUGUCCGGCACUCCUACAGUCGAAGUCGCUCUCCAUCAUGAACCAGAAAUAAUACAUAAGCGUCUGCAAUUCAGCAAGAAGGAUUGUCUUGCGUUAGAUGCUCGAUUUUCAUUUACCCAGUUUCUUCUUUUUAAUUUUUCUACACUUUUUCCUUCUUUUUUAUUUUUUUCUUCUUCUUUUUCUUAAUUGUAAGCAGAACUAAGUGAUGUAUCCUACUGUGGUUCCAUGAAAAUGUACAUUUAUUACCUCAAAAGUGUAGGUGUAUCACUGUCCUACUGGUGUUAUUGUUUAAGUGUAUUAUAUUGAAGAAAAUUUGAACCUCUCAGUCUUACACUGCGUGUAAAGAGAUACCAUUAAACCUAGUGUAACAUUCUAUCAGACAAAUAUUUUUAAUUUUGACUGCAAGGGCAAUUAUUUAUUUAUUUAUUUUUUUUUUUUUUAAUCAAAACAAAUGCAUAAUUGAUAUCAUUUAAGUUAAAGAGACUAUGAGAGCUGAACAAUGGUGUAAUUAUCGUUCAUUGUGCUCUGAUCCAUAAUUAGUCUUUUUGAAGACAAAGUGUGUCCUCAAAUUCAUACGGCUAAAAGUCAAAAAGGCUAUUGUGUAUUCAAGUUAGUUGUUUUAUAAUGAACCUAGACUUUUUUUUCUCUUUUUAAUACUUAUUUUUUGAGGCAUGAAUUGAACCAUGGUAUUGUUCUCUCACUAAAUUAGAAAGAAAUUGUCAAGUUCAUCUCAAUGUGACAAGCAUUGUGAGCCUACAUAGAUCUAAUGAGUCUUAACUCAUUGUUCCUCUGGAAUGACCGGGUUUUUCUUUGCCAUUUCUUUGCUUUACUCUGUUAUUUCCAGUAUCCUCUUUUUUCUUCUUUUUUUGUAAGAGCAAAUUAUCAGAGUAAGAUUCAUGAUAGGAAUGUGUAGAAAGAUUAAACAAGUAAGUUUCUGCUGUUUUGUCAGAGGUUUUUAAACACAUAUUUUAAGAUAGCUCUUCAAGAGCUAUACUUGAUGCUUUAGCUUAUGAUUAAUGUGUACCUUCUGAAAGAAUAAUGUUUACUUUUAAGUAUCUGCUAGUUCUCGGUUAACAGCCACUUAAAUGGAGGCCAUUUGACUUAUCGUCACAAUAAUUUUUGUACUUUGUAAUUGAAAAAUCAAUAAAAUUCUUAUGAUUUUUAAAUCGCA